UUUCUCCCUGUGAGGCGCGGUGACAAAACAAAAGCGAGGCGGCCAUGAUCAUACCGCGAGGUUAAAACAUCACCACAUUUCCUAUUAAAAGUUGUUUCACCUAGUUUAUAACUGUGUUAUAUAUAAUUAUUUUCUCAUCUUAAUGACGUGAGGAAAGAAAAACCAACAAUGGCGUCAAGGCUCGCGUCGUAGCAACGCCGGCUUCGCUCUGUCGAUCUCAUGUUAAAGUGCUUCGUUAUCCUGGGACCUUAAGUGCCCCCGUUUGUUCUUAAAAGAACCAUGUACCGUGGCAGCGGAGAGCGGGACUUCCAGACGUCGGCCCGCCGCAUGGGCACGUCUCUGCUCUUCCAGCUGUCGGUGCAUGAGAGAGAACUGGACCUGGUGUUCCUGGACCACAGCUAUGCCAAGCCCUGGAACGCCCACCCUGACGCCAGCAGUGCCCGGCCCACCCGCAUGCUAUUCGUCACCCCGCGUCGACAGCAGGACUCCUCUGUGGAGUCUGAGAUGUCCAUUGAUGUUGAGACGGUCACUCCCACUCCCAUGCCUCUGUACGACAACCAGAAAGCUCGGAGCGUGAUGAACGAGUGUGAGCGCCAUGUUCUGUUUGCUCGGACUGUUGCUGACGGCCCGCUGCCUCCAGAUGACUGGGAAGAUCAUAUUAACAAAACCGGGUGGACGAUGGCUCAAAACAAGCUAUUUAAUAAAGUCCUGAAGGCGCUGCAGGCGGAGAGACUGGCCAGGCUGGCUAAUGAAAGCGUGUGUAAUGAGCCCGUCCUGCGCAGGAUCGCGGUGGAUAAAUGCGCACGUAAGGUUCGUCACGCGCUGGCCAGCGUGAACUGGGAUCCUAAACUCACUCAGUGGCUCCACAGCACCCUGGUAGAGUCUCUGAGCCUGGCCAUGCUGGCUGCCUACCUGGACGUUCUGCAGACGCUCAAAAGCAAGGUUCCCUCCCUGAUCGAGCGCAUGUUGCCAGCGACUUCUACUAAAUUGGGUGGGGCGGGAGCUGAGGCGCUCUCCCUGCUCCUGAAGCGGCCCUGGGAUCCGGCCGUGGGUGUGCUGUCUCAAAACAAACCGAAUAAACUUCCUGGUUCGCCUCUGAUCCUGCUUUGCCCAUCCGGGCCGACGGUGCCCUCCUUAUCUACCUCUCGCAGAAUGAGAUUCUGGCAAUCACAGCUCUCAUGCUUAGGCAAAGUCGUCCCGAUAAACACUCACGUGGGCAGUGGGGCGAACAUUGGCAUCACGCAGUGUCUGGAGCACCUGAUCGGCACCGUCAGGGGAAAAGUCAUCGAGGUUCACAGUCACUUCCCUCACAAGCCCAUUGUCCUGGUGGGGUGGAACGUAGGCGCGCUGAUCGCUUGCCACGUAUCGCUUAUGGAGCAUGUGACUGCCGUUGUGUGUCUGGGUUUCCCGCUGCAAACAGUCGUCGGACCCAGAGGGGACGUGGAUGACCCCUUGUUGGACAUGAAGACCCCCGUGCUAUUUGUGGUGGGUCAGAACGCGCUGCAGUGUGGCGCCGAGAGCAUGGAGGAGUUGAGGGAGAAGAUCCGAGCGGACAACAGCAUGGUGGUGGUAGGAGGGGCGGAUGACAACCUCAGGAUCGGUUCCUCCAAGAUGAAGACAGAAGGUCUGACGCAGACGAUGGUGGAUCGCUGCAUUCAGGAUGAGAUUGUAGACUUCCUGACGGGCAUUUUGAUGCGAGCAGAAAGUUCCAGUCUCACCUCGGGGGAAACGCGGGACCUUGACGCGGAGAAGAAAAAGAAACCGCGUCGCGAGUUGCCUUUCGAGACAGAAAGGUCGCGACCUUCCUCACCAGCCAUCAGGGUUCCGAUCUCGCCGUCGGGAUCAGAGGACAUGUCCAGUGUGUGUAGCAGUCCCACAGCCAGUCCCAAAACCAAGACCGCGACUUUAUCUCCAGCUCAGAAGUCAAGUCUCAUCACCGCCACCCAGCUCCUCAAAACACACAUGCAGCGAUCUGGAACCAUGCUCACACACAAACAAGCUCAAGCUCAGUUCGCUGCCUUUAUGAAACAGAACAUGCUGGUGAGGAAGAGCGUUCCUCCUGGCAGCCCCUCCUGUCUGUUUGUGCCUGUGUCCGGCGAACAGGUGGAAAGUUUGGAGCAGAACGAACAGCGGCUCCAUCUGAAGAGGAGGCAGACGCCAAGUCCCACGAUCUCUACAAAAGCCUCCAAACGGGCCAAGAUCAAAGUCACCAUCGUCUCCCACGGCGACGCAGCCAGUGGCACGGUGCCUUCCGGCAUCCAGGAAGUAGGAAUGUCUGGAAAGCCCCUUACAGUCACCAUGGGCCAAACUGUAUCAGGUGCCAAAGACCUUACUGGACUAUUGACCGCAAGGUCUGGGACUUUGACGGACGUCUCUGGUGGUCUCAGCUCGGGAGGAGCUUCCUUCCACAGCCUGCAGGGCGGCGUGAUAUCCGGCUCCUCCUCCAGCCCAGCACAGGUCCAGAAUUCUACACAAGCCAACUCCGCCAGUAGCCUGUUACAGGGCCUGAGCUUCAGCCUGCAGGAGAUCACGUCCAAGCCCUCGGUUCUGCCCUCCAGCACUCAGGCUUCAGUUGGGAAGGCUCAGGCUCACGGGCAGGUGUUAACCACACUCAGUCCAGCAGGUGGCACCCUUGUGCGCGCGGUUCCCGUCGUCUCCACCGGCUCCGGAGUGACCAAAAGCACAGCCAUCCAUCAGCUCCUCACCAACGGAGGCCUGGCCAAGCUGGCCAAUAGCCUGCCAGGACUGGCCCACGUAGCCAAUCAGAGCGCGGUACGGUCUGACAAUCAGGUGUAUAAUCCAACCCAAUGCUACAUCAUUCUCCAUCACAUCCGUGAUACAAGCAGGUCUGAAAGCACCCACCACCAUCACGGUGACACUGCGAGGCCAGCCGGGUCGAGUUCCAGCCCUGGGCCAUGCUGGAGCGAUACUGCCACCACACAACACAUCUGAGCAGCAGUGAACAGAAAGUCCAUGGGAAAGGUUCACUCUGUGUGAAGUGCUCUUGACGCUCAGAACGGCUUGAUUCGUAAACAGAGUGCUGAGGCUCUCUGGGAAAACGCUGAUAUCUUGACCGCGUGGCUGAUCGGCUUUCAUCGACUCGCUUCACCACCGUGAGGGAGUUUGGAGCAGCUGUGGACGCUGUGCUGCUUACCACCAACACCAGGGAUAUGGAUCAGUGUUUUAUCAUAAAUUUCGAUCCUGAAUGAGUGUAAGAUCAGUUAGCGAGCAACAAGUACUGCUCGAUGCUGACAUUGUGAUUCCCUGAGCUAGCUUAAAAAAUGAAUUAUCCUGUACACAUGUGGAUACUGUGUGGAUGAACAAUAAAGUCAGGUUUCUGUCUGAAGUUGAAA